AUGAAUAACAAAAAAAAGCUCCCAAACCAGAAGGCGAAGAUUGUGGAGAACACUAGCACAGCCAAGACAAAGAAACCGGAGGCUCCAGAGCCCAAGAAUGUUACAGAGCCAAAAGACAGUAAAUCCGUAGAGGACCCGAAGAAGCCUGUGACAGAUCAGAAAGAGAAGAAAACGGUGACCAUCAUUGCAGAGCCAAAGGACAAAAAGAGUGUGACGGAGCCAAAAGAAAAGAAGACUGUGACGAUCUCAGAUCCCAAAGACAAGAAACCUGCAAUAGAGAAAGACAAGAGGACAGUGAGAUUUGUGACAGAGGUAGAAGACAAGAGGAUUGUGACCGACACAAAAGAAAACAGGAUUGCAUCAAUAGACACAAAAGAAAAGGUGCUAAUAGUGCCUGAAGUUAAAGAGAAGAGAGUGCAGCUGAUAGACCCAAAAGAGAAGGUGGUUGUUGCGCCCGCAGCGCAUGUUGCGCCCGCAGCGCAUGUUGCGCCCGCUGCGCAUGUUGCGCCCGCUGCGCAUGUUGCGCCCGCUGCGCAUGUUGCUCCCGCUGCGCAUGUUAUUCCCGCUGCGCAUGUUGCUCUUGCUGCGCAUAUUGUUCCCUCUGCGCAUAUUGUUCCUAUUGUUCCCUCUGCGCAUAUUGUUCCCGCUGCGCAUUUUGUUCCCUCUGCGCAUGUUGCUCCCGCUGCGCACAUUGUGCCAGUUGCGCAUAUUGUGCCUGCUGCUCCUGUCGUGCCAGUCGCGCCUGCUGCGCCAGUCGCUCCAGUUGUUGUGCCAGUCGCGCCAGUCGCGCCAGUUGCGCCAGUUGUCGCGCCAGUCGCCGCGCCAGUCGCUCCAGUCGCUCCAGUCGUUGCGCCAGUCGCGCCAGUCCCGCCAGUCGCGCCAGUCCCGCCAGUCGCGCCUGUUGUGCCAGUUGCUCCAGAAGUAAAACAGAAGAUCCCAGAGUUGAAGGGAAAGAAGGAAGUGCCACCACGUGUGCCCGCGUUAAAGCAAAGCAAGGCUUCGUCAGAGAUAAAAGUAAAGAAGGCUGCGUCUGAGAUCAAAGAGAAGGCGCGCGCAAUAGCUGUAAAAGAGAAGAAAACUGUGCCAGAGGUAAAAGAGAAAAAGCCUCUAGUUGUAGAGCAAAAAGACGACGGGGCAAGUGAAAUAGCUCGGACUAUAGUUGAGGGUGUCCUGGCUGCUGCUGUUCAGUUUGUGGAAGAAGCCAGAAACCCCAUCAAGAACAUCAAGUGGCUCACUCACGGGGAAUUCACGGCAGAAAAGGGUCGAAAACAAAUUGAAAAGUUUGUUUCAACGUGGGAAUUUCAAAACCGCUGGGUGUACUAUGCAGAUUUUAUAGAGAAGAAAGACUUAGUUCACUCCUUCCACUAUAUCUAUCGGGUGCGCUGGAGCGCCCCUACUGCCGUGAGACCCUUGGCACGAGUCAGUGCCAACGCCUACUUCACCAUCAAGUUCAACAAGAGCAAACCUCCGGAUAUGCCUGUUGAUGUCUCUUACAUCUUUGAGAAUUCAGCACUACUUCAAAGACCAGGAAAGAUUCGAUUUCGAGAACAGUGGCUGCGGGAUAUCACUGAGACCAAACAUAUUUUGUUGGAGUCCAUCCCCUUUAAAGUUGUCUGA